CGCGUCGUAGCCUCCGGUCUCCAAGUGAGCUUCAUUCUCUGAAACAUCUGUUCUGUAAUUUUACUCAUCCGGCGAAGCCACGACGUACGGCAUGGCAAAAUUAGCGCCUGAACAAGGAGAGAGUGAUAGGAUUAGCAGCUUACCAGACCCUCUGCUUCACCACAUCCUAUCUUUUCUUCCCAUAAAAGAAGCCAUAGCCAAGAGCUUGAUCUUGUCCAAGAGGUGGACUCGGCUAUGGCUGGCAAUGCCCGCUCUUGAUAUUCAUGACACUGGCUUUGCUACUCUUAAUUCUUUCAUUCAGUUUGUAGAUGCAGUCUUGUUCUUGUCACAUCCCAAACCCAUAAACAUGUUUCGUCUCAAGUGUCAGAUAUUCCAAGUGCCUCCUAUCAGGACUAAUCUGUGGAUUAACUUUCUGAUAAAUGGUAAAGUGGAGCAUCUCGAGCUAUGUUUUGCAGAUUUAAAUUCUUAUAGUCACGUUGAUGUGCCUGCUUGCAUUUUCCACGGCGGUACCAUUAAGGUUUUAAAGUUGGCUCAGGUUAAGCUGAAUGCUCGAUCUGUUAAUUUUCCUUCACUCAAAGUAUUGCAUCUGGUGAAAGUUCACUUUUCAAAUGCUGAAUCUGUGGCUAAGAUCCUUAAUGGAUGUGCUCUUCUUGAGGACCUGGUAUUAAAAUCAUGGUCUGCUCCUUUUAAAGGUUUCAACUACCCCAGGAUUGGAAGGUUUGAACAUUUGGUGUCGGCAGAAGUUGAACUAUCUUCGAUUCCGUUGGCAGCUUUUAGUGAUGUUAGGCUUCUUCGGAUUAAGGUACUGAUGAUAAUUUAUAGAGGCGAGCAGUUUUACAGGAGCCUACCUUUGUCCUGUGUUUGGACGACAUUUUAUAAUUUAACUCACCUGGAAUUCUCAUGUCUGAGUAGUGAUGUAGACAGUCUCGUGACAUUCCUUCAAAAAAUCCCGAAACUUGAAAUUCUUGCUAUUCACAAGCUGGAAGAUCCUAUUUGUAAGGGAAGUUGGGUGGAAUCAAUAUUUGGUAAUGUUCCUCAAUGUCUUUCAACACAUCUUAAGGAAUUUUGUCUGGGUGAAUAUAGAGGGUCAGAAUGUGAGUUUGAACUUGCAACGUUUAUUAUGAAGAAUUCAAGUGCUUUGAGAAACAUUUCCAUUUACAGUUCUACCAAGGAAGAUGUAGAUUCGAAACACCAAAUGCUCAGAAGAUUAUCAUCAUGUCCUAGAGGUUCAUUGAAUUGCAGGCUGCUAUUCCAUUAAAUUUCUGAAAUGUAAAAUGAUUUUGUUGCUUGUGUCUUGUUUCUUGAUUUUAUUUUGGCUUAUUUCCCUUUUGACUAUAUAUCUUGGACAACAUUUUACGCUGGACACUUCA